AUGCCUAGUCUAGGAGGCCUGUUGAAAAAACGGCGGACGAAAGAUUCGCAGACCCUCUCCAAAGAGCUGGAAGCCGGUUCGGCCCAGACGCAGACGUCACCAAACGCUGCCGAAGACCACCACCACCACCACCUUCUUCAUCAUCACCACCACCACCAUCAACCCGCCACCAAUUCUGGCACCACCACCACCACCACCACCACCACCAACCCCGCGACGCACCCUCAACAGCACGCCACCAACCAGCCCAAUCAACCCUCCGGAGCAGAGAAAUCCAGCGAGGAUCAAGCUGCCUCCAUGCAAUCCGUGACGCACGCCUCGCCGACUGCCCACCCUAGUACUGGCACUGCCAAUGCGGCUAGCAUUCAGAAUAUAAUCCACUCCUCCCAGCCAGCCGGCGCCAUGCAAUCGGGCGCCAACAGCCAUGCACAGCAGCAGACCCAGAACGCCAGCCGUGAUGCCCGCACCACCAAGGGCAAGUACUCGCUGGAGGAUUUCACCCUCCAGCGCACCCUCGGCACCGGCAGUUUUGGCCGCGUCCAUCUGGUGCAGUCGAAGCACAACCACCGCUUCUACGCAGUCAAGGUGCUGAAGAAGGCGCAAGUGGUCAAGAUGAAACAGAUCGAGCACACCAACGACGAGCGACGCAUGUUGAAUCGCGUGCGGCACCCCUUCCUGAUCACGCUGUGGGGCACAUGGCAGGAUUCGCGCAACUUGUACAUGGUCAUGGACUUCGUAGAGGGAGGAGAACUGUUCAGUCUGCUCCGCAAGUCGCAGCGAUUCCCCAACCCGGUCGCCAAGUUCUAUGCCGCCGAAGUCACCCUCGCGCUGGAAUACCUUCAUCAGCAGCAGAUCAUCUAUCGCGAUCUGAAACCGGAGAACCUGCUGUUGGAUCGCCACGGUCAUCUGAAGAUUACCGACUUUGGAUUCGCCAAGGAGGUCCCCGACAUCACCUGGACCCUUUGCGGUACCCCCGAUUAUCUGGCCCCCGAGGUGGUUUCCUCCAAAGGCUACAACAAGUCGGUCGACUGGUGGUCGCUAGGAAUCUUGAUCUUUGAAAUGCUCUGCGGCUUCACACCGUUCUGGGACAGCGGCUCCCCAGUCAAGAUCUACGAGAACAUCCUGCGCGGGAGAGUCAAGUACCCGCCCUACUUGCACCCGGACGCCGUGGAUUUGCUGUCCCAACUGAUCACGUCCGAUUUGACCAAGCGCCUGGGCAAUCUCCAUGGCGGUUCCGAUGAUGUGAAGAACCACCCUUGGUUUGCGGAGGUCACCUGGGAUCGCCUCGCCCGGAAAGACAUCGACGCUCCGUAUGUGCCUCCGAUCCGGGGUGGACAAGGAGAUGCCAGUCAGUACGACCGCUAUCCGGAAGAGACCGAACAGUAUGGCAUGACUGGAGACGACCAGCAUGGUCACUUGUUCCCCGACUUUUAGUGCCGCUAUGAGUUAUGAUGGAAUGAUUGUCUCGAUCCAGACAUGGGAUCGAAUUGAUCGACGACACUGCGAGUCUUGAAAAAACAGGGUUUCCUCUUUCUAGACCUCACCUGGGCUACCCAUGGUAGCAGUGGUUGGAGCCACGUCCGACCAUUCUUUGAUUUUCUCUAUACGUCGGUUUUCUCGUUGAUAUGAUC